AUGCCUCUGCAGGUUAGCGAUUACACCUGGCAGCAGACGAAGACUUCGGUGUUUAUCUCUGUGCCCCUCCGAGGCGUCUCCGUCAGAGAUGCGGACGUGUUCUGCACGGAAAACUAUCUGAAGGUCAACUUUCCUCCAUUUUUAUUUGAAGUGUUUCUCUGUGCGCCCAUAGAUGAUGAGAACAGCAAAGCCAAGAUUGGGAAUGACACCAUUAUAUUCACCUUAUAUAAAAAAGAAGUGGCCAUGUGGGAAACCCUUUCACUGUCAGGUGUUGACAAAGAGAUGAUGCAAAGAAUAAGGGAAAAAUCUAUUUUACAAGCACAAGAAAGAGCAAAAGAAGCUACAGAAGCAAAAGCUGCAGCAAGGCGAGAAGAUCAAAAAUAUGCACUAAAUGUUAUGAUGCAGAUUGAAGAAGAGGAGAGGAAAAAAAUAGAAGAUAUGAAAGAAAAUGAACGAAUGAAAGCAACUAAAGAAUUGGAAGCCUGGAAGGAAUGUCAAAGAAAAGCUGAAGAACAAGAAAGAAUUCAUAGAGAAGAGAAAUUCUGUGAACAAGAAAAGCAAAUUGAAGAAGAGAGAAAAAAAUUAAAACAUAAAAGCCAUACUAGAAUUUCAGCAUCUAGAAAUCUUGCCACUAAAGGAAGAAAUUCAGAAAAUAUAUUUUUGGAGAAGUUAAAGGAAAAUAGUAUUCCUGCUCCUCGCUCUGUUGGCAGUAUUAAAAUCAACUUUACCCCUCGAGUAUUUCCAACUGCUCUCCGGGAAUCACAAGUAGCAGAAGAAGAGGAGUGGUUGCACAAACAAGCGGAAGCACGGAGAGCAUUGAAUACUGAUAUUCCUGAACUUUCUGAUUUAAAAGAAGAAGAAAAGAAUCCAGAAUGGCUGAAGGACAAAGGAAACAAAUUGUUUGCAACAGAAAACUAUUUGGCAGCUAUUAAUGGCUGAUAACUUGAAGCCAUAAGAUCAUGGGGAAUUAGAUCCUAAUUAUUGUAUUUGAAUUCGGGCUAGUUACAAUUAAACCAAAAACUCACAAUGAAGGCCAUUGAAGAUUCUUCUAAGGCACUAGAAUUACUGACACCACCUGUUGCAGACAAUGCUAAUGGAAGAAUGAAGGCACAUAUACGACGUGGAACAGCAUUCUGUCAACUAGAAUUGUAUGUAGAAGGCUUACAGGAUUAUGAAGCUGCACUUAAGAUUGACCCGUCCAAUGAAAUUGUGCAAAAUGAUGCUGAGAAGAUUCGGAAUAUAAUUCAAGGAACAGAACUAAAAUCUUAA